AUGUCAGAAAAGCUAGCUGGUUAUCCAGAAAAGUUAUUGUGUCCAUGCAAAGUUUGUCGAAACUUAAGUCACCAAUGUAUUAACAUUUUGUAUGAACACUUAGUCAUUUAUGGGAUUGAUCCAACAUACAAAAUCUGGUUUCAUCAUGGGGAAGAAUUAUCAAGAGAUGAUGAUGUAGAGACAAUGGAAACAUUUGAUUCUUACAACUUGUUUAGGGCUACAAAUAUUGAUGGUUGUGAUUUUGAAAGUCAUCUAGAAGGUCAUGAUGACACUUUUAUGGAAAAAAUAGAAGAUGCAGACACUCCAUUAUAUCCACAAUGCACUAAAUAUACUAAGUUAUCGUCAAUUGUUGCAUUGUAUAAGGUUAAAACUACCAAUGGAUGGUCUGACAAAAGUUUUGAUGAAUUGUUAAGACUUUUGAAUGAUAUGUUUCCUUUAGAUAAUAUGAUCCCCAAGUCUAUGUAUGAGGUUCGACAAUUUCUUCGAUUAUUUGAUUUAGGAUAUGAAAAGAUUCAUGCGUGUGUUAAUGAUUGCUGUUUGUUUAGAAAAGAUAAAGAAAACUUGCAAGAAUGUCCAACAUGUGGAACCUCACGUUGGAUGUCAGAUAAGCUGACUAAAAAGGUUCGACAUGGUGUCCCAGCAAAAGUUUUGAGGUACUUUCCUAUAAUCCCUAGGUUGAAACAGAUGUUCAUGUCUAAAAGAAUUUCAAAGGAAUUAAGAUGGCAUCACAACAAUAAAAUUUGCGAUGGAAAAAUGCGUCACCCAGUGGAUUCAGCAGCAUGGGAGCUAGUCAAUGAUAAAUGGCCAUCAUUUUCAAAUGAAGAGAGAAAUAUUAGACUUGGCCUUUCCACAGAUGGAUUUAACCCAUUUAGACCUAAACAUCUUGGGAAUGAUAUUGAUAUAUACUUAGAACCCCUCGUAGAGGACUUGAAAUUAUUAUGGAAUGAGGGUGUUGAUGCUCAUGAUGCAUUGGACAAUACAAAUUUCAAGUUGCGGGCUAUUUUGAUGUGGACAAUCCAAGAUUUUCCAGCAUACGGGAACCUUGCUGGUUGUAAAAAUAAGGGAUGCUUUAGUUGUCCCCUAUGUGGUUAUGGUACUCAUUCAGAGUGGCUAAAACAUAGUGGGAAGUUUUCAUAUCGAGGUCAUCGGAAAUUUCUUAAAGAAGACCAUCCAUUUCGGAGUAAAAGAAAUGUUGCUGGAAAAAGUAAAGAUGGACUAAAAGCUCGCUUGGAUUUGCAACAUGUGGGUAUUAGGAGUGCAUUACACCCACAAGAGAAGGGGACUAGAACCUAUCUUCCUGCAGCUUUACACACACUAUCAAAGCUUGAGAAAGAAUUAUUUUGUAAAAGGUUGUUCUCAUUGAAAGUACCUGAUGGAUAUAGUUCAAAUAUUCGAAAUUGUGUUUCAAUGGAGCAAUGCAAGCUCAUGGGCCUUAAGUCACACGAUUGCCACAUUUUGAUGCAACAAUUACUACCGGUGGCUAUAAAAGGAUUGAUGCCAUUGGGUCCAAGAGAUGCUAUAAUAAGAUUAUGCACGUUCUUUAAUCGAAUAUGUCAACGUGUUCUUGAUAGAGAAAGCAUAAUGACAUUAGAAAAUGAUGUUAUUGAAACUUUAUGCUUACUAGAGAGAUUCUUUCCACCAUCAUUUUUUGAUGUCAUGAUUCACUUAGUGGUUCAUAUCGGACGAGAAGCACGACUAUGUGGACCAGUCCAAUUUCGAUGGAUACGCAUGAAGUUAUUGAAAGAUUAUGUCAGAAAUCGAGCAAGGCCUGAAGGUUGUAUUGCAGAGUGUUAUCUUGCAGAUGAGUGUGUGAGCUUUUGUAAUGAAUUCACUGACCAUUCAUUUGAACUAAACACAAAAGAAGGUCGAAAUGAAGAGUGGUCAAAUGAUGUGAUACUUGAAGGUCGUCCAAUUUCUAGGAGGAAAGAAAUUAUAUUGACAGAUGAGUUGUUAGAAAUUGCACAUCGAUACAUUCUGUUAAAUACAUCUGUUCCUAUGCAUUCCUCAACUUGUGAUGAAACUGAUUUGUUGAAAUGGCUAGCAUAUGGACCCAGAAAACAUGCUGCUUCUUACACUGGAUAUAUUAUCAAUGGUCAAAGAUUCCAUAUUCCAAUUUUCAAAUGUGAUUGGGCAAAUGUCCCUAACGGUGUUAGGGUGGAGGAUAGUCUUACUUUAGUUAUUCUACACCAAAGUCAAUGGUCUGUUGGUAGAGACCCUUUUAUUUUAGCCUCACAAGCUAAACAAGUCUUCUACUCAAGAGAACAUGAUUCUUCCAAUUGGUAUGUGGUGAUUAGGGCACCCCCUAGAGGUUUUUAUGACAUGGAAAAUUAUGAUGAGCAAGAAUUCAUGCCUAAGAUGUUGCACUUGACAUUCAAAGUUGUAAUCAAUGGAAAUUUCAGUUUAUACUUUAGCUCAUUAAUUGAAGAAGUACCCAUCUCCCCUGUGACAAGGAGAUCUCUUAAAAAUCUAUUUGAGGUUGAACAACCAAUAGACUCUCUUGAAAAAAUAGUGAGACCACCUACUAAUGACCUAAUUUCUCCAUUCUUGGCUUCAAAGACAGCCAUUAGGGGAUCUAUUAAAAGAGUGGUUGAAGUAGAAAUUAGUCCUUCAAAUGACCAUGCCAUCUCACCAACAGCCACAACAAAAUCACAACGCCUACAAAUCCCAGAAAACCCAAAUGAAACAAUUGUUGAAAACUUGCCAGACACAAUUGUUGAAAACUUGCCUGACGAACAAGAACUACCUGAAGAAGUUGUUGCACCUAUUACCCAAAAGAGAACUAGAGGCCCUAGUAAAAUGAAGUCUAUUGCAGUAGACAGUGAUGGUUGUUUGGAAGUUAAGUUUAACUCAAAGGGACAACCAAUAGGUGCAACAUCAAUAUCUUUGUCUUCAUUUUUGGGUGCACUUGUUAGAGAAAUUGUACCAGUAACAAUAAAAGAUUGGAGGAAGAUUCCUCUAGGAAUGAAAGAGGUCUUAUGGAAAUCUAUUCAGGCAAGAUAUAAGGUUGACAAAGAUUGGCAAAAGACCUAUAUAUUCAAAAGAUUUGGUUGA